GGAGAGGAGAAAAGGGAGUAACAAAGACGAAGAAAGAGAAAGACAAGAGAUCGGGAAUAGAGAAAUACACAACAACAAGAAAGGAACAAAAGUAAGGAAAUUACAAAAAAGAGAGAAGAAUAAAGAAGCAGCUACAAUAGAAAAGAGAGGAAAGCAAUGUAGGGAAGAAAAAGACAAUAAAUGCGACAAAUCAGUGGACAAGAGGAGAGAAGAAAAAGCAAGAAAUGUAAAACAGUACGAGAGAGAGAAAAGAGCGAAAGAAUCUAAGAAUAAAGAGGAUGAGAGUUGCAGGAACAGAAGCAAUAAGGAGAAAGUAGAUAAGCAAGAUAAGCAACAGGCAGAAGAUAUAAGAGAAAAUGAGAAAGGUAGCAAGAAAAUGAAAAGUAAAGCAAGAAAGAAGGAAAAGAAAAGAAAGAAACAGGAAACGGGAGAAGCAGAAAAUAGCAGAAUCGAAAAUGAGAGGAACAAGAAAGAACAAAAGACACAAAGUAAAAACGCAAGAGUUAAAAUGACGAAAGAUGGACAGAGAAAGAAGCAACAAAGGAUAAAAGGUACAGUGAGAGCAAAUUACAGCGAGGAAGAAAUAGAGUGGGAA